AACGGCGGUAGCUUUGGCGAGGUUUUGAGCGCUGCGACAACCAGCCUGAGUCGACCACACCGCCCCACGUGAAAACCGAUUCACCUGCCCUGCCCAUCUCCGAUCGUCCCAUGCCAUGAAGCCACGAGUCGCCCGCCUGUGGCCUGCCCAGCUGCCGUUUGGCGGUGCCGCCAGAGGUGCCGCCUCACGCCCAUCGGCGCCCUUCCUCCGCAACUUCUUCACCUCUGCCCAACCCGCCGCCCGUUCCAGCCUAGGAAGCAAAUCGCUGCACCAAGGCGCCCUGCUGCUCUUCCGCUAUCAACGAUCUGCCCUCGGCCGCCGCUUCCGCUCUCUGCGCUUCAAGAGCGACAAACCUACGGUCCAGUCGCACAACCCCACGCCACACCUUGGCAGUCCCGAACCUGCGCCCUCGGUAUCACAGCGACUCAAGAAGCUUUCUCGCGAGUAUGGCUGGACGGCGGUCGGAGUGUACCUGGGACUGUCCCUCAUCGACUUUCCCCUCUGCUUCAUGGCAGUGCGGUUACUCGGAACGGACAGGAUAGGCCACUACGAGCAUGUGCUGAAAAAUGCGCUCUGGAGCGUCGUCCGCCUCGUCAUUCCCGACGCAGGCAAGAAGCCAGUAGCGGCCGAAGCCGACGAGACCACUGCCGAGGCCACCGCGAGGGAAGGCUACGUUGAGGCUGGAAAGGCUGUAGGACAUGACGGUGGCUCAAACGCAUCAAUCUGGUCACAGCUCGGCCUAGCCUACCUCGUGCACAAAUCCCUGAUCUUCUUCCGCGUGCCACUUACCGCAGCCGUCCUCCCCAAGGUGGUCAAAACCCUAAGGAGCUGGGGCUACAACAUCGGCAAGAGAAAGCCCAAGACGCCGCCAGUCUAAUUGCGAACAGACUUUCACCCAUCCGCCCACGGGCCAUCGAAACCACUCCUUGUACAUUCAUGCAUUACGACUUUGUAACAACAUACACCUGUAGGAUACGCAUGUCAGACGAGCAU